AUGGGUAGUCGAAAACCCAAGAAACCGCCUCCUAUUACUCCCAAACGAUUUACCCGCUUCUUCACACCGCGGAAUUCGAGACGGAUGCCCUCUGGAACCAAGUCAUCCCGCAAGCUACAGGAUAUAACCCGUUCCGCUAUCAACCGCGCACCCCAUGGCACACAUCGUAAAACGACGACUCCCCGUAAGACGGUCAAUUUCGCCGAUGUUCCCUCCGAAAAAGUGCAGACGCCUCAACUGAGUAGUCGUAAGCGAAGAGCAGCCGCUGCAUAUCUUUCGCCUGUGAGCUCGCCGCUGCAGUCUUCUCCCUCGAAAAGGCCUCGACAUGUCACACCUCCACCGGCCGAUUUCUUGGAGGAUGAAUUGCCCAUUAUUGAGGAGCCGCCGCAUUACCCUACGCCUAUCAGACGGCUGAGGACUUCGGGUGGACCUUCGAGAACGCUGCAACGGUCGUUUGGCGGACUUCUAGGCACAGGCCGCGGUUUCAUACGAGAUCACUGCGUUGCGCCUCACGACUACACGGCCGACUUCUACAGCUCAUCGCAUGACUUCCACCAACUACCUCAGGGUGCUCCGCCUUUCUGCACUGCCAGCUGUAACACCAACUCCAUGGUCGCAGUCGGCGACGAAGAUGGCUGGCUCCACCUCCUGGACGCCGAUGAAGACACCGACUUCACCAAAGCCACGCUCUCGUUCCGUGCCCACACCAACGCCAUCAUGGACGUCCAGUUCUCCUCCGACGACAUGUACAUCGCCACAGGAUCCGGCGACCAGACGGCCCAGAUCCUCGAUGCCCGCACCCAGCAGUGCGUUCACAUACUCGCCAAACACAAGUCCAGCGUGAAGCAAGUCCGUUUCCAGCCAGGUGACGACAGAAUCGUAGCAACCUCGAGCCGCGACGGCGCAGUCCAAAUCUGGGAUCUACGAUGUAAAGGCGGCAACACGAGCAUCCACUCAGCCUGGGGUCGAGACGCCCCUUACGCCAGCUCCAUCCGCACCCUCGCUGCCGCCCACGCAGAUAGUGCAUUCCAGCACGCCUCCAACAGCCUCUCCACCUCCUUUAAAGGCAACCACAACUCCUCCUCGUCCUCCACCAGCAAACCCGACGCCCUCUCCCGCCGCGGCGACAUCUCCGUCACCGCACUCUCCUUCCUCCCAGACGGGCGCCAACACCUCCUUCUCACUGCCUCCGACGCCUCCACCUGCGUCAAACUCUGGGACAUUCGAGGCCGCUACUCCCUCCGCGGCCCCGCCCUCCCCAUCUCCACGACCAAGCACCCGGAAUCGCACACGCGACAUCGCCACUUCGCCAUCAACUCCCUCACCCUCAACAGCGACGCCUCCCGCCUCUACGCCCUCAGCAAAGACAACACCGUCUACGCAUACAGCACCGCUCACCUCAUCCUGGGUUUCGCCCCCGAGCUAUCACUCGCACACUCGGCGAGCCAGAAGUACUACGGUAACACGGACCCCGGGCGCGUGCGGGAGGGUCUGGGCCCCCUGUACGGAUUCCGCCACGCGAAUUUCCACGCGGGGAGUUUUUACGUGAAGGCGAGUUUGCGCAGAGCGUCGGGGGCGCAUGCGGAGAUGUUGGCCGUGGGGAGCACGGACGGAUGCCCGGUGUUGUUUCCUACGGAUGAGAAUCUGCUGAGGAGGGAGAGGGGGAGGAGUCAUCUCAAUGGCGAGGAGGACGGAGAGGACGACCCCAACGAUGAUGACGAUGGUCUUCCGCUCCUCGUUCCUGCCAACACCAAAGCCUCCAACACCAGAAACAGGAUAUCAACACGUCAGUCGCUCUCCUCCAUCAGCGGAUCCAGCACUCGAGCUUCCACCAACACCGCCUCCUCCUCCUCCUUCCUCACAGACACCAUCCCCAUCUACUCCCACGUCGGCACCCCCUUGAUACGCGGACACGAAGCAGAAGUCACGAGCGUGACGUGGGCGCUCAACGGCACACUUGUCAGCGUGGGCGACGACUGCAAAGUGCGGCAUUGGAAGGAAGGGGCCGCGAUGGCGAGGGAGUUGAGGGGGUGUGGAGAAGGGGAAGGCAGGAGGUGGAUGGCCGGAUGGGCGGCCGUGGAGAGGCGGGAGGAUGAGGAUGAUUAG